ACACUCACACACACUCUCAGUAGGAACACGGAGAUCUGGGAAUUACACUCAAUUUUACCUGAAAGAUUUUGAACAUUUACUACUCCUACGGUGAAUUCUGAAGACUCAGGAUGCCAAAGAUUAUCAGACCAGAAUACUGCCAACCAGCAAAAACUCUGUGGUUUGAUCGCAAAAAAUACGUUACUGUAAACUUCCUGGUUCAGAAGGCGACAAAUGUUCAAGUUGACAUCCAGGAUACCAAAAUGAUUCUAAGCUGUAAAGAUGACGACGACAACGACAUCUAUAACGAGAUUGAAUUUUAUGAUCGAGUUCACAAAAGUGAUUCCAGGGAGAAGGUACAUGACCGAACCAUUAAUGUUCUGAUAAGAAAAAUGAAGGACAACGUAGCCUGGCCUCGUCUCACUAAAGACACAGCUAAGCCAGCCUGGCUAUCGGUAGACUUCGAUAACUGGAGAGACUGGGAACAUGAGGAGGAAGACGGCCAGGCCGAGUUUGAACAGUACAUGGACAUGCUGAAUGAUAUGAAACAGACAGGAGAGCCGCCCAGCAUGGAUGACCUUGACUUCGAUAGUGACUGAAUGACUCCGUCUUCUGAAGAUUUUUCAUUCUCUGCAAGGCUCAGGAAAAUAGUUCAUUGAAAGUAUUUUGCACUGAAUGUAUUAAGUAUAAAUAAUACAUACAGACACAAAUGUGAUUAACAACGUGCAAUGUUACUGCCAACAAAUGGAUUCUUUUUCCUUUAACACCGAGUCAGAUAGUAAGUUCGAUUUGUUUUAUACCAAAGCAAUUUACCAAUAAUUGUUUUCUUAGUUUAUUAAUGUAUACCCAUUAAGAACACAUAAGUUAUGUGGUACAUCCAUGAAACAAGUCUGUAUUUCCUUCAUCCUUUCUAUGGAGUAAAGCUUCAUGGUACAAAUUUAAUUCUGACCUUUGCAUAAACCAGACACUGGAGAUUCCGCCCAAAUAAUCUGGUCUAUCAUGUGCUCUGUCACCUGGUCUAUCAACUGGUCUAUUAUUUGUUCUAUCAUCUGAUCUGUCACGUGGUCUAUCAUCUGGUCUAACAUCUGGUGUAUUAACUAGUCUAUCAACUAGUUUAUCACCUGGUCUAACAUCUGGUCUUUUAACUGGACUAUCAACUAUUCUAUCAACUAGUCUAUCAUCUGGUCUAUUAACUAAUCUAUCAAUUAGUCUAUCAUCUGGUCUAACAUUUGGUCUAUCACUUGGUCUAACAUUUGGUCUAUCACUUGGUCUAACAUCUGGUCUUUUAACUGGACUAUCAACUAUUCUAUCAACUAGUCUAUCAUCUGGUCAAUCAACAAGUCUAUUAUCUGAUCUAUCAUCUGGUCUUUUAACUGGUCUAUCAUCUGAUUUAUCAUUUGGUCUAUCAUCUGGUCUAUCAACUAGUCUAUCAAUUAGUCUAUCAUCUGGUCUUUCAUCUCAGACAGCAAAUAAAACUGGAAUAAGUUCAACAUGCUUCCAUCCGCAUGCUUACUCCCAAAAAUCUGAAACAAAAAAUUGUAAAAUAAUCAAAAUAAACGUCUAAAAACUUUCAGCAAUUACACACUUUUUAUCCUAAAAAAUCCUCUUGGUGAAUAUUGUUAUUAUAAUAUAUUAGACUAACUGCAGUAAUAUAUAUCUGUAGAUACAGUAUAAACCAAUCAGAUUUGAGAAUUCAACAGCACCGUGGAAUUAUUGUCAUUAUAUUUUUUUGCUGUUGCUAUUUUUUUUGCGUAUAAUUACUGUAAUUUGUUAUAAAGAAUUUCUACACCAAUGUUUCAUGUAAUAAAUUUCUUUAAAGAAAGCUGAA